AUGCGUUCCGUCAUCGCUUUCGUCGAGACUCCUCCUCCCGCUCCCACCGCCACUGCCGCAACUCCGGCUCCUUCCUCCGGUGGAUACAUCGACAUUGUCCUCGAGUGGCGCUCAAAGAUGGGUCUUCCCGCGCUCGAGAUCGACCUUAAGCUCCAAGCAAAUGCUUUGAAGACCAUCCAGGAUGCUGGUGGUGCGAUGGUCCACGAGCUCAACCAAGGAACCAUGGCCCAAGUUAUGGCUCCUGGAGAAUGCACUCUCGAGGGCUUCGGUGGAUGCUACCUCGGUGGCUGGCUCUGCGAGAAGCCCCAGCUCCAGGGUCUUGAUGGUGUCUGCCACAAGGCCUCCAAGGGAUGGCAAUACAACGGUCAGACCGACCACGCUGAGAUCCUCAUCAGCACCAACUACGGCAAGAUUGGUUGCAGCUGCGACAUGAACAUGUGGGCCUGCGAUCUCGCAUAA